AUGAGUCGUGCCAAAGGAGGCGAUGGCGCCCGACUCGCGCCUUCUACUUCCUCCCAUGUGACCCGGGCAUCCCCGGCGAGCGGCGACACGGCAUUGUUGGCUUUGAUCUUCGCCCCCGUCUUCCUUGCGGCUAUAAAGAGAGCUGGCAGGCGCCCAGGAGCGGCCAAGAGAGCGGUGCAGCGAGGAGCCACCGCCGUCAUCUUUGAUGUGUCGGAAAACCCGGACGCCAUCGACAAGCUCAACCAGGUGGCCGACGAUCCGCUGAAGCGACCGGUGGUCUACGUGAAAGGAAACGAUGCCGUCAAGUUGAUGAACAUCGUCAACAAGCAGAAAGUGGCUCGUGCGAGGAUACAACACCGCCCGCCCAGGCAGCCCACAGAAUACUUCGACAUGGGCAUCUUCUUGGCUUUCUUCGUGGUCGUGUCGCUGGUUUGCCUCAUUCUGCUCAUCAAGAUCAAGCUGAAGCAGAGGAGGAGUCAGAGCUCCAUGAACAGGAUGGCGGUGCAGGCGCUGGAGAAGAUGGACACGCACAAGUUCAAGGCCAAAGGCAAAGGCCAACGCGAGAGCAGCUGUGGGCCGACCGACUCGCUGAGCAGCAGCUCCACGUCCGACUGCGCCAUCUGUCUGGAAAAGUACAUUGAUGGCGAGGAGCUGCGGGUCAUCCCCUGUGCUCACAGGUUCCAUAAGAAAUGUGUGGACCCUUGGCUGCUGCAGCACCACACCUGUCCCCACUGCAGGCACAACAUCAUCGAGCAAAAGAAGGGAAAUUCCGGCCCCUUUUGCAUGGACGCGGGUAACCCAGUCCACGGGCGCCAGCAAAGGGUGGUCCUGCCAGUCCACUAUCCCGGUAGGGUCCACCGCGCCGGCCAGGUGACCGCCUACCCGACGAGGACCAGCAUGGACCCCCACGGCAACGCCGUCACGGUACUCACGGUGGACCAGCACCCGGACCCUCAGGGCCUGUACCCGCCCCAGUCGGCGUCUUCCUUCCUGCGGAGCUACCACCCCGCGCUCCACAUGGACCACCACUGCGGACUGGAGCACCGGGGGGGGCCCCCCGCCUACCAAGCCCCGCCGCACCACGCCGCCAUCAAACGGCCCAAGUUUGCCGGCCGCAACUUCUCGCGGGCGGCGUGCUUCUCGCAGUACGAGACAAUGUACCAGCACUACUACUUUCAGGGCUUGACUUUCCCCCAGCAGCCAGAGGGCGGCGCGGCGUCGGCGGCUGGUCCGGGCGGGGCUCACAAGGGCCACCACGGCAGGGCCUUCCAGCAGGGACUGUUGUACCCCACCGUGGUGCACGUGGCGCCGGCCGGGGAGGGCGGGAGCGCGUCUGGCCUGAGCUGCUACCACGGCCACCGCUCGGUGUGCAGCGGCUACCUGGGCGACUGCCCGGGCAGCGACAGCAGCAGCAGCAGCUCAGGCCAGUGCCACUGCUCCUCCAGCGACUCCAUGUUGGACUGCACUGAGGUCAGCAAUCAGGGAGUUUACGGCAGCUGCUCCACCUUCCGCAGCUCGCUGAGCAGCGACUACGACCCGUACGUCUACCGGAGCAAGAGCCCUUACAGGGGCUCCACGGGGGAGGUGGCCCCUUCAGCGGUCCCCUCCGAGGAGUCAUCCGGACACGACUGCCUCCAGCUCCCCGCGGGGGACCACCUCUCCAACUGCAGCAGUCGAUCGUCACUGGAACCCAGGGAGAACAGCAGCACUUGUGCUACCUCAGGCGCCGCUUCGGAGGCCGGCGGGACGGACCGCCGGGCGAAGCCGGCCCACGGGGACGCGGCGGAGCCGCCAGCGGCCUGCGGCUGCUGCGCCGAGGCGCUUCCUCACAACGCGGACCAAGCGGGACGCUGUCGCAGGGGGAUUGACUUUCAUAGCUCCGCCCCCAAGAACUACUUUACAUCCGAGCACUCGUGCGCCCCCUCAGAGCCCAUAAGCUACGACGGACUGCCCCGCUGUUUUUACAAAGAGAUGAAGGUCCACAGGGGGCGCUACGCGGAGGACUACGCCGUCACCGUACAGUACGCCGACUCCGAGGCGAGCUCGGCUCAGGUCCGCUGCGAACUCAACCAGAGGAUACCCAUAAUACCCGAGGACACCGACUGCGAAAUGGGCGAGGAGACGCAUCGCAGCAGCUUGUUGCCGGAGACGGAAGCGCACGCCGAGCCCGGCGAGGACUUCUUCGCCUCGUCGCAGUCGAGCAGGCAGGCGGAGGAGACCAGAGCGUUGUUUCGCCCGCAACUCUCCAGUACUGAGGGCGGGGUCGGCGUUUAAAAAGCGCAGCAGUCAUUCAAACCUUCAGUUGCCUUUUGCUCUCUUGAAUGUUGUCACCCGGGAAUGUGUCGCCGCUCGCCCUCAUUCCUGUGGCCGCACACGCCGCCCUUUCAAUUAGGAACCAGCAGGCGCCACUUUUCUUAAUCGGCGCAGGAUCACUCACUGCCUAUAACGCCUGGCCCUAGAUGGUACCGCCAUGGCAGGGAACCUUUCUCAAGACCCUCAAACGGGUCCUUGCCACCAAGCGCUAUUGUUCUGUUCAAUUACGACGCAUUCUUCCCCUUUUUUUUCCCCGUUUCUCUGCUUGUCGCGGUGGUACUUCGCUACGUUAGCGUCAUCACAAGUUGUUCACCAACUGCACGGCAAACGUAAGAAGUCAGACGUUAGGAUGUUAGGUUUUUUUUUUUGCCAAAGGCGGACGAGUUUCAAACAUCGGUACGAUACAGGCGGCGCUCGCUUCACAGUUUCUUUUUAGAUGCGUAGUGAAGCCUGAUUUCCCCCUGGAAAUUGAAAUUCCGACUUAAACUGUCGAACAGGUAGCUUAAAUUCCAACUUAAACUGGCCGACAUUUGGCUUUAUUUUAAGAAGUGUAGCAAAGCCUAAUUUUCCCCAGGAAGGGAACAUUUUUCACAUAAAUAGUCCUACAGCUGGCUUUAUUUUAAGAUGCGUAGCGAAGCUAUUCCCCCCCCCCCCAGAAAGUUAUACUACGACUUGAACUGUUUGACAUUUGGCUUUAUUUUAAGAAUUAUAGUGAAGCCUAAUUUCCCAACGGUAAAUUAAACUCCAACUUGAACCGUUCCGCGGCUGGCUUUAUUUUAAAAUGCGUAGCGAAGCCUGAUUUCCGGGUUUUGACAUGAACUGUUUUAUUUUAA